AUGACUGAAAUAUGCCAAAUUGCUUCUAAUUUAUCUGAUGAAUACAAAAAUCUUUUAGCCAAUAUGAAAGAAAUGGAAAAAUCCAUGGUCAAUGUAUGUGGUGAACUCACGACAAUGCAUAAAGCCAUUUGUGCUGGCUUUGGACAAGGAAAGGGAUCCCAGACAUCUGCUUCUGUUUCUCUUGAUAAUCCUUCUGUUGCUGCCAGUUUCAUUGUUAGAAUUCCUGCUGGCAUCGCUUCUGAAAUCAGCUGUGAAAACAAGGACAAAGUCUUUUUUGUCUAUAUUCACUUAACACCCCAUGUUUGA